AUGUCCAAUUCACACGCAGAAACCCGUGCCAGCUCUCGCAAGAGACCUGCGUAUCCGCGGAAACGAGCUGCCCAGGCCUGUCUGACAUGUCGUCAACGACGGACAAAGUGUGACAACGAAAAGCCAGCCUGCAAUUCUUGCAAGAAGCUGGGGAUAGAUUGCGUCUACCACGAAUUCGAAAAGGCUAGUUUCGAUGCAGCCAGUCUCGCUAUCUUACGAAGAUUAGAUGAAUUGGAAAGCGUGGUAAAAGGCAGCCGUCCGCUACCUGCUGCUCCUCAGCCGUGCUUAGACUUUGCUUCAUCGCUUUCUUCGUCGCCAUUUCCAACCACCGAUAUCGAUUGGAUCAACUCCUUCGAGGUCCGUUACGUUAAUUGCGAAGUAAUACUCAACUGGCCAGUCUGGAAAGCCGCCGACCUACAUUAUUCAUCACAGGAUUCGCCUCCGGCUAUCCCUCCGGGGAUCGACUCGGUGUCACGCCCUCUUCUCGUGUCAGACGUGGACGUUCAGGACGCUUCCAGACUCCUCGGCAUUUUCUUGUCUAUUUAUCACAUAUUCAAUCCAGUUUUGGAUAUACCGACGAUUGAAGAACAUGUCAAGAGCACAUCUCUCAAUGGGUUCGGUUGGGAUGCUGCGUCAUGUCUUGUCCUGCUCAUACUGGCCCUGGGAACAACAGUAGACCAUGAUAACAUCCAUACACAUACAUCUUUGUCCGUCCGACAAAACGAAAACUUCAGCCGUGCCGAAGCGUUUUUUGUUGCAGCGCAGAGGCGGAUGGGUUUGCUACUAUCCAGUAGCGGUAUUGCAGAAGCCCAAUGCUUCUUCUUGGCUGGCGUGUAUUUGAUGACUACGAUGCGACCGGCUGAUGCCUGGAAAAUGUUCACGCGGGCUUUGUCGAGCUGCCACACUUUCCAACUAUCUUGUCGCGAUGCCAGCCCUGGAGGUAUACGCUUGCAGCAGACCAUCCACUGGGCAUGCUUCAAGUCUGAGCUCGAGGUUCGGUUGGAGUUAGGAAUUAUCAAGACGAGUGCAUGGGAUCUACGCUAUCCAGACCUCUUUCCCGACCCUCCAGAGUCCAUACAAACUCAAGGAGAGCCUGCCUGGUAUUUUUACCUAGCUGAAAUAGCACUGAGGCGGCUUAACAACCGCAUACUAUCGACUACAUGUUUGGAUAGUCAGGACACUGGCAAUGUUGCGGAUAAGGUGGCAAUGACCUUAGAGUUCGAGCGCCAAGCCCACAGCUGGGCCAGGUCUCUUCCACCGAGUCUCCGGCCGGCGAUAGACGAUUCCAGCGACGUUACUUUCGACUUUGACGAGAACGGCCAGCUAAGAUUUAUCCUCAGUGGCCAUCUGAUAGACUGCUUGGAACUCAUGUACUGGCCUUAUAUCUACGCCGCUGUGCAUGGCCGACUCGGAGACGACAGGGACUCCCACAUGCUGGCUUCACGAGGUCUCGACUUUUGCGUGCGGAGGAUAAAUAUCAACAAGACAGGAUUCUUUCAUCGACAUCAUGGGACGUGGUUGAUGCUGCAGUCAUGCACACGGAGCGCGCUUGUCUUGAUCGCUGCCGCGUAUGGAGGGCUGCAUGACAAGCUUCCACACGACUGGAAAGCUAGUGUCGAGGACGUAGUGAACCUCUUGAAACAUUGGGUUGAUGAGGUACCUGACUUCAGGAGGAUGAUUGAGAUCCUCGCUAGCCAUGAGUAA